CACAAAUCUGCGACCGAACUAUAUAACGACGCAAGUUGUCACUUGCUGCAUCACUCCACUAGGAUCUUUGCAUCUAACCACCAACAAUAAACAACAUGAAAUUCUUUGUGUGCUUCUGUGCGCUGGCGGCAGUCGCUAUGGCCGGCGAGAGUGAGAAGAGAGAAAAACGGGGUCUUCUUGGUGGUCUUGGCUACAGCAGCGGUUACAGUAGCGGCUACAGCGGUGGCUACAGCGGUGGCUACAGCGGAGACUUCAGCGGAGGCUACAGCGGUCUUAGCAGCGGUUUGUCUUCCUCAUCCAUCAGCUACUCCGCGCCAGUCAUCGCCGCGCCUGUAGUCUCAGCCCCCAGUGUCGUCGCUGUUAACAAAGUGGUGAAUGUGCCACGUGUCGUCUCCGUACCUCAAGUUAUUAAUGUACGCAAAGUCGUCUCCGUGCCUCAAGUUGUCACUGUGAAGAAAGUGGUCGCUGCGCCAUCUAUCGCCUACAGCUCUGGCUAUAGUAGCCUUGGAGGAUAUUCCAGCUUUGGCUCCCGCUACAGUAACCUGGGCUACUCUAGCCUUGGAUCUGGGUAUAGCUAUGGUGGCUACUCUGGAAACAGCUACAACGGUGCCCCCUCUUACUCUAACGGCUGGUGGUGAACUUAGUGUCGUCUAGUCAAUGGUAUUAAUAUUUUUGUACUUUUCUAAAUAACAAUAAAAUAUUUUACUGAAACUUAA